GGUUCCUGUUGUGAGGUGGUACAGCUGGUGUGUCUUGACAGCUUGCGCGUGCUGUUUCGCUUAACAGAGAGCCACCAAGAUGACAAAGGAAACAUGGCGAUAGGGCACAAAUAGAAAUAAAAAGGCAGACCGGGAAUUAAACCAUGAAACUCGCCACGGUGGCCUUUUACGUGUUCGCUCUGGGGCUUCUGGUGGUCGGCCUGCGAGAGUUGCUGACUGGCUUCGAGGAGAACAGAUGCAGCAUGACCUACAUGUUUGAAUACCCCGAGUACCGGCGUGUUGCUCUGCCUCGUCGCGUGGCCAGAUUGUACCCAGCAUACGGGCUCUACCUGUACGGAGAGGGUCUGUACGCCCAGGAGACCCGCUCACUCAAACUCACUGGUGCACCUGUGCUUUUCCUGCCUGGAAAUGCUGGAAGCUACAAACAAGCUCGCUCGCUGGGCUCGGUGGCUCUGAGGAAAGCUGAAAACAUGGAGGGAGGUGUCCACCUCAACGUCUUCACUGUGGACUUCAAUGAGGAGCUGGUGGCCCUGUACGGCGGCAGUUUGCAGCGACAAACGCUUUUCCUGCACGAGAGCAUCAAGGCAAUCCUGCGGCUCUAUAAGCACCUUAAGAUCCCGCCUCAGAGUGUUGCACUGGUCGGUCACUCCAUGGGAGGAGUGGUGGCCCGAGCGCUGUUUACGUUGCCCCGCUUCAACCCUCAUGUGGUGAGCCUCAUCAUCACCCAGGCGUCUCCUCAUCUAGCUCCAGUUCUGGCACUGGACCCGUACCUGCUGGAUUUCUACUCUGCAGUGAAACAGAAGUGGUUGAACCAGGCGAACAAGCUCAGGAACGUCACUGUUCUAUCUGUUGGGGGUGGUUACCGUGACUACCAGGUCCGCUCUGGCCUGACAUACCUUACUUGUCCCCUAGGAGAUCCUAAUAAACUGUCACUGGUGGUAACAGCAGUUCCCAGGACAUGGGUGUCCACUGAUCAUCUCUCUAUUGUUUGGUGUAAAGAGCUCGUUCUUGCUACUGUCAGGGCGUUCUUCAACCUCAUUGAUCCUGAAACCCGCCAGUUCACAGAGGAUCCAGAGAGGAAACUGGCUGUCAUAAACCAUCAUUUCAUCAGACACCCUGUCAGGAUGCUGGGAGAAAGUCCAGACACGUCCAUCUCCAUCUUAGAUUUUCCUGAAGCCUGGAGUGAAGUGAACACAUUACGUCUGGCUUAUAGCACACCAAAGGAAGGUCAGGUCAGAUACUUCCUGUUCGCCCUGUCAAGUCGCCGAAAAGCCUACAGUCAUUUCUACUGCCGGAGCAACAAUCUUGAGAUGAGUAGCUGGGUGCACGGCUGCAUACACAAGAACAGUUCUUCAUGUGUGCAUGCAGUGGAUCUGUCCACGGGAACUGAGCUUCUGCCUCCAUACAAGGUCCUUGUUCUGAGUCUGAAUGACUUGUCAGCUUUCACUCAUCUGGUCGUUUCAGCCUCCAACCUCAACGGCAAACAGUUCACUGUGGAGUGUGAGUGGCAGAGACAGGAAUCUCAGACUCUGUCCAUCUCAGUCCCACAUGUCCUGUCCUUUGGGUUCACGGCCAGUGAUGUUACAGUGAACUCUUCUGGGCUUCUUCACACUGUCCAGCUGCAGCACUUCCACCAGGUCUAUCAAGCCUUCAGAAUCACUGUUUCUAGCCAGUGUAAAGUACAUAAAGAUAGACUUCCCAGUGUGUACAGGAUGAAAGUCGUCUGGUUCAGAGAGGACUCUUUAACCACAGUCAGUGUGCCGUCAGUGUCAGAGAUCUCAGGGAUGCUCCACAUGAGUCGUCCAGACAACGCCUCAGGGGUCCUCUUACAGCUCCACACUGCCCCCAACUGCCAGUAUAAGGUAUCAGUAAGAGCCUCAUUGUCCAAGGUGAUGGGACAGGUCUUGAGGUUCUGUGGUCCCAUGGUGCCGGUGUACACAGCUGUAACCCUCCUGCUGGCCUGCAGGGGGCAACUAUCCUCCAUCCUGAAGUUAAGCAGAGCUGAAGACAUGAGCCAGGCGGUGGGAUCAGGCCUGCAGCCUCAUAAAAUCAGCCUGCCUGUUUAUGUUGUUCACAUCUUACUCGGCUGCAGCUGGUUUCAAGAAGUCUGGUCCAUUCUUCACCUCCCACCUAUGGAUACACUCCCCCCAACCUUCCCUGAUGGGGCUUUCCAUGAAACUCUGGCAGCACCUGAGGAGUGGCCGCACCUCCUGUCCCCUCUGCUGUACAUCCUGGGAGCAGCUGUGGCAUACUGGGGCAGCACGCUGCUCCGUCUCCUCAUCCAAUUCAUCUCGUUGGUAUUGGCUCCACUGCACAGACCAUCUGUGUCUCGAGACUGUGGCGCCCUGAAACCUCGGACUCAGCUCCUCGUCAUUCUCGCUUUGACUGUUGUGGGGGGGACUUUCUGUGGGGCAUUGUCAGUCUUCAUCUCCUCUCUGUUACACCUUUAUAGGGUGCUCAGGCUGCAGAUGACAGAAAGGUAUUUGAGUCACAUGCUGAAUCUGGCUCCACAGAAGCACAAACAAGCUGAAAAUGGCGCAAUCACCCCAGAGUCCUCGAGCAAGUCUAAGGAAUGUGGCAGCACCCCCCUGUUGUCUGAGUGCGCUCUGCAGGAAGUGAGAGAUGACCUGCAGCUGCACCUCAGCCUAUCAGCACUGUUCAUGCUACCUGUCAUGCUCAGUGCACCCUCGCUCAUCCACUGGAUCCGUAACCUGAGGUAUUCCACCCAGCUGGAUCCUGACCACUGUUGGCCACACACGGUGCCUCUAGCUGCUGUCUACACGCUGCUUAUUAACUGCAACACUUUAAAACUCAGCAACAGUAAACUCCUGUCCCUGACCUCCCGCCUCCCUCUCCCACUGGCCAUCACUAUGGUUACCUUCUCCUCACUUCACCUGUACAGAGUCACCUACUUCCUGUCGGCAGCACUCGUCCCUCUGGCCUUGUGCAGUCUCAUCUGAUGGUAUUUGGGUGUGUCCAUCCUCCACCUCAGUAAGCUCCGACCUGGCUCAGAGAAGCCAGCAGAGACCGAUUAGUCCCUAGAGGACGUGCAUCAAGCUGCCAUGGAGCAGAGCCAUAGACAUACGUAGCCUGGGGAACUGCUCACUCAGUGUUGGCACUCAGAGCUCCACGGCAAUUACUCUGCCGUUCAAAAAUGCGAGGAUGUAAUGGCCUUGGAACAUUUGGUGCAAAUAUGUCGGAUGUCCUGAAACCAUGUUUGCCUUACUCUGUAUAUCUAUCGCUCUGCCUUCAGGGAGCAAGAACUGCUGAUAUUAGAGAUUCUCCACAGGGUGAUACUGUUAUUUUUUCAUGUCACUAUGUUGUAAACUCCAAACUCUACUGCCAAGCUACGACUCUGUCUGUGCUCUGCCACAAAACUGUAAGAAAGAUCCAAAGCAACCAUGUUUACAUUCUCCUGUCUUCAUUUUAUCCAUCACGGAGGAGAAAGAUGCCAUGUCAUCUUUAACCACAGGCAGCAGUGACUGUUAAAUCCUUUAAAGCCCAUAUGAAAUGAUCACCUUAUAGUCGUGUGAGCUCAAAUAAUUGUGACAAAAUCCCCCAUAAUUUUAAAGAAAUGUACCAAAACUAGAGGAAUAGUCUCCAGAAGUCAGCUGAUCCCAGCAUGCAGUUCACCUGUUCUCCAACACUACUUUCCAGUCUGAUGGAAAAUAUUUGAACAGAUUUAACUUUUCUCCCUCAAAGAUUAUAUUUUUUCCUUUGUUUCCUUUGUUUUUUCUUCCCAGUGUGCCGUUUGGUAUAACUGUGCCUUAUUCAAAGUUGGCUCUAAAAACAUAAAAACAUAAAACUCUAACAUAAGUUUGAUUAAAUAAAGUACAAAAUAGUGAUUUUAUACAUAAAGAAGUGAGAAAAAAAGUACUGGUAGGAGCAGUGUUGAUGAAAUAAACCCUGAAUCUGGAAUCCUUCAUCCCAGUCAUGCUGCAUCCCUGCAAGCACAACAGAUAAACAGAUGUUAUGGAUCUGCUUCUGUAUGUUUACAUACUGCAAAUGAUUUUUAUUUUCCAGGAUUGGAGUUUCAUCAGUGUCUGAAACGGAAGGCUUAACGUGUCCGGUGUUCAGAUUAACUGCAUGAGUGUUGGCUGAAAUGCAGAAUAAUGGAAAAGUGAAAUCAGUUACACUGAAAGUGGAAGAGAUGAUUGCAGCAUAAGUAAUCCAGGCUGCACAGUUACUCAUCAACCACUUCUGAGCUACAAACCGGAGUUUUCAAUCAUGAAGGAGGAGGAAAAGUGGUGGAACUUACUUUUAGUUUUGAGAUUGUUGUUUUUUAUUGUGUUUUUUGAGGUCUGGAUAUCUGCUGUAUUUGAAAUAUCUUCUAAUCUAAAACGGGUGUAUGCAGCGCAGAAAGUGUUGAAGUUACAGCAGAAGAUGUCGCGACUGCUGGAUGUGAUGUUUCCUUUAACAACAGCAGCAUCAUGUUAUUCAUCUUUCUACUGUGGAUGUAAAUACUUUAAAAUGAAGCACAUGGUCAGUAAGUCAAAAAAGAAAUCUGGUGUCUCUCUCCAGUAACUGAGUGUGAAACUGAAGUUUAUAAUAGACAAAAACGUUCCUCUUAUUUUAAUCUAAAUACAACAAUAAUCGGAUUAUUUUGUCCAUGAGUUACAGCGCAUAGUCUGAUUAAUGACUCACUCCCUGCAUGAGUGUCCUUAAUUACCUCCACGUUCCUUUAAAAGAUUAAAGGAGUGUUGUGCUGUUCUGUGCUUCAGAGCCUGCGUUGCUAGAUCUUGUCUAAAAGAAGCAAUCAUAAAACCGACCUGGCACUCUGAGCAUGUUGACAGUCGAAGUCCUACUCAGACCUUCAUUUGAUUCUUACCUACUGACCUGAUUUGAGUUAACAUAGUCGAAAAAGCUGUUUACAUGGCAGCAAUUACUAGGGAUACAAAUACUUUUCCUUUGGAUACGUCACCAUUUGUUUAAGGUACUCUUAUCGAUACUGAUACUUUGGUCCCUUAAAGGAAAAACGCUUCUUAAAAUGAAAGAACAAUGUUGAAGAACCCGCAUUAAAUCAGAAAAAUAUUAGAAGACAACAUUGCAAACAUCAGUCAUGUAACACAUGUAAUUUUACUCCAGAGUGUCGAUCUGCCCGUCCCGAUGCUAAUAUUACCGUGGAUGUGAAGAAUUAGCCGGGCUCGUUGACAGUGUGUGUGAGACUUAACCUGAAAAGAGGACGUACUGUUUGAUUAUCAGGAACUUUCUGGACUUUGCCUCAUCUCCUUCCCUGGUCACGAUGGUUGUUGUGGUGGAGACUGUUUAGUGAAUUAGAGUACCAUGUGUUAUGGAAUUGCAUUAUUAUUGCGGUUUUCUUUAAACUGCGUACACCUGAAUUUUGCUCUUCUCUCACUUAUGUUUAAAGUUUUCAGAUGAAUGAUGUGGUUUUGACAUUUAAAGGUGUUUUUUUUCCAUCUUUUUGGGGUUGAGACACAAAUGCAGCACUCUGUCUUUCACUAAUACUGCUUUGGUCUCGCAUCCCCUUUCUCCAGUCAGCGAAGCAGCUGCUGUGCCUUUCUGCUUUCUCAUGUAUGCAGCAGUUUUAUCUGUAUCACACCUGCCUGUCUGCUCAGCAGCAGUGCUAUGCUAGCUGGAGGCUGGCAGCCGCUGGGUCCAUGGGACUGGUUUCGCUCACACAGCCUCUUUGAUUUAAAUUAUGUGACUAUAAUAACUGGAAAUCAAAGAUAAGUUCAUGAAGGACCAUUCUGCCCUGCAGAGACUCUGCUGCCGUUCCCAACCUGAAUGUAUUUGCACUGAAUCGUGUGUGAAUCGAUGUGUUGACUCGUGCCGUCAGUGAUCAGCUUUUCUGUGCACUCGUCUGUUUGGGGCAGUUUUUUGUGCUUUUUCAGAUGCACAUGGUCUGCCUGGUAAACGGGUGAAACACUGCUUUGUAGAAGAAAUGAGUAGAGAUUGUUUGUUUGUUUUAUAUAAAUAUGCUUGUGAUUUGUGUCGGUGUUCACUGUGAUCAUGUCCCCCAGAUUCACUUCAGGGA